GUAGGAGCCUCUCCCUACUGCUGCCUGCCAAGACACAAGAUCCACCCCGGGGACCCUCAAGCCAUCAUGAGGAGCCUGCUCCUGCUCACCGUCCUGGCUGCCUUAGCCGUGCUGACUGUGUGCUACGAAUCUCACGAGAGCAUGGAAUCCUAUGAAAUUAGUCCCUUCCUUAACAGAAGAAACGCUAACACCUUUAUGUCGCCGCAGCAGAGAUGGCGCGCUAAAGCCCAAGAGAGGGUCCGAGAACGCAGCAAGCCUGCCUACGAGCUCAAUCGGGAAGCCUGUGAUGACUACAAGCUGUGCGAACGUUAUGCCAUGCUUUAUGGAUACAAUGCUGCCUACAAUCGCUACUUCCGGAAGCGCCGAGGAGCUGAAUGAGAAGGGGAAAAAAAAAAAUCUCUUUUGUUCUGGAAUCUGAAGCCUGGUUUUGUAUCCCCUUGCAGUAGCAUUACUGAAAUAUGCAGACACAAUACAACGCUUGUUUCUUACAUAAUCUCUUGCCUGGGUGCACCCCUCCUUCCUGCCCCCAGAUUGUUGAAUAAGGAAAGUGCAAUGUGUUAAGAUGUGUGAUUAUACAUACAUAAUAAACUCCUGGUUGGAUACUUUCA